CCGCCCGAGGGUGGGUGGGUUGACGUCAAUGGGGUAACAUGCACCGAUCCCCAGCGCGUACUCUGCAACCCCACCAUCACCACCCACACAAAGAAGAAAAAACCAAACAGAGACAAUGAGAGCUUCACUCGUCCGCGCCGGCUUCCUGAAGCGAAAUCUCGACCAGCUGUCCAGUGCAGCCGGCCGCGCUCUCUCCGUCGGAGGUCUCGCUGGCCCCGUCCCCGACCUCGAAAUCUACAGCUUCCGCAAUCCCACCACGGCGGCCAAUACAAAAGUCUUCACCGAUGGCGGCUUCGGUGGGUUCUCCGUCGCAAAGAUGGAGUCGGUCACUUCCUCCGGCGACUCCCCGGACGAGCCCCCGGUCUACGGCCGCUUUUCCGGCACCAUCUCGAUCGACCUUCCCAAGAACCGGCCAGACAUUGAGCGAAGCGGCUUCGCGGCGUGGCGGAUGCCGGACCCGGGAUGGACGAUCCUCGGGAAGGCACUGUACAAUGUGGAGCCGUAUUCGUUUCUGGCCAUGAGGGUCAAGGCGGAUCAGUCGAGGUACUUUGUUAAUUUGCAGGUCGACUCCAUGGUGCAGAGUGAUCUGUUCCAGCAUCGGCUGUUCGCGAAGACUCCUGGGAAAUGGGAGACGCUCUAUAUACCGUUCUCGGAGUUCGUGAAGACGCACAUGGGGAAGGUCUUGAAGAGCCAAGGUCAUAUGCCGAAGAAUAGCAUGACGACCGUGGGAAUGGGGCUUAUAGAUCGCAUCCCCGGACCCUUCGAGCUAUGCAUAGACUGUGUAUGGGCCACCAACAAUCGUGAUUUGGAUGCUCUUGAGGACGAGGAUUCUGUGGAGUAAAUCAAAACAAAGCAAAGCCCGCACAAUCCACCAGUGUAAAUACUUGU